AUGGCGCGCGGUGGCGGAUCUCCCCUUCCAACCCCUCUGCCAAAAGUCUCCUUUGUGAAGGUGCAAGACGGCUACUCGUCGCGGCCCGCGGGUGUCCACGACAACAUAGCGAAGGUGUAUGGAUCUCUCAGCUAUAAUCCCCCAGACAAUGAUGGGUCCGACUUUGAGCGACCACAGCACUAUCUUAGCCACUAUCUCCGUUGCUCAUCAUCCGAGUACCUAGAACCACUAGAAAGCGAGCUCGCUGAGCAAGUGGAGUAUGAUAUGGACGAGCAGGGUCAGUUCAACUACCGCCUAUUGCUCCCGCCUCAAUCUCAUUGCGUCUCGGGGCGCGCAGAUCAGGAGUGGCUUGAUGCAGUGAAUGCCGAGCGCAAGAAGCUGCAGCUCGAUUCCGUCUCGUACGAGUUCUUCGAGAUCGUUAUGGACCGCCUGGAGAAGGAGUGGUUUGAUCUGACCAAGAACGUACCAAAACCUGACAUGGCAUUACCUUCGGAAGAUUCAACGUGUGCUAUAUGCGAUGAUUCAGAGGGCGAGAACACUAACGCCAUUGUGUUCUGCGACGGGUGCAAUCUUGCGGUCCAUCAAGGGUUUGAAUGCGCUGCAGACUGCUAUGGUGUUCCCUAUAUUCCAGAAGGUCAAUGGCUCUGCCGUAAAUGCACCGUCUCUCCGGAGAAUCCUGUGUCAUGCAUUUUGUGCCCUAACGAAGGUGGCGCCUUCAAACAGACAGCGCAUGGUGACUGGGUGCACUUGCUCUGUGCUAUCUGGGUGCCGGAGACUCGCGUUGCAAAUGACGUCUUCAUGGAGCCCAUCACAGGCAUUGACAAGAUAUCCAAGCAACGCUGGAGACUAAAAUGCUCUAUCUGCGACGUCAGAGAGGGCGCUUGCGUUCAAUGUACUAAGGCCUCCUGCUUCUUGGCGUUCCACGCAACAUGUGCGCGUAAGGAGAAGCUCCUGAUGCCCAUGAAGGCCACGCAAGGUUCUGAGGCGCCGACGCUCGCGUGCUUCUGCGAGAAGCAUCUCCCCAACCAGAAAGAACAGGCUGACAUCCGCGACGCCGCGCUUGUAGCUGAGCGCGCUGCCGAAGGUGAGUGCGGUGACGAGAAGAACCCGAGCCCGAAGUCGUCCAAAACGGCACGCGCGUACGCCAAGACGUACAAGCCUGGACCGCCGCUCGUGCCCCACAUCAUCGUCGAGCGCAUUUUGCAAUAUAUCACGAGGCUGAAGCUGCGCGAGAAGCGCGAGUUCGUGCUGCUCGUGUGCAAAUACUGGAGCCUGAAGCGCGAGGCACGCCGGGGCGCUGCGUUCUUGAAGCGCCUGCACUUGGAGCCAUGGACGGCAUCAUCGACUGGGAGACAGCAGACGGAGGAGGAAAAGACAAUCAAGCUGGAGGUUACCUCGACGCAGUACUUGAAGCGCUUGAGGCAGGAUCUCGACAGCAUGCGGAAGAUUGCUGCCCUGUGCCAGGAUCGAGAGAACCAGAAGCUCGAGCGCGUCCAUACAAUCCAAGAAGUUCUGAAUAUCUUCUUGUUUAGACACGAAUCCACGAUGCGACUUGCGUUUGAGAGGAUCAGAGGUGCAGACAGACAGGGUGUCUUCCAAGAUCCAGUGUCGAAGGCAGAUGUUCCCGAUUAUUACGACAUUAUCCAGCGUCCCAUGAGCUGGAGUGUCAUAGAUCGUAAGCUGGACGGGCACGAAUAUCUAGACCUCCGCGAGUUCAAGGUAGACGAUGUUAACCUGGUCAUAUCGAACGCGAUGACGUACAACAAGCCAACCACUCCGUUUUACAAGGUCGCCCAGAAGAUCCAGACGACAGCUGAGCCCAUACUCGCUGAACUGCAUAAGCUCUCCUCUCGUCAGGCGCCCCAUGACCAAGGUGUGGAGACGCAGGAAGUUUCCCUCUCGGAAAUUGGUGACCUCGAGCCACCGCUCCCCAUCAUCGACAUGCUCCUCUCCGACGAAUCCUUCAAAGAAGACAUCGACCUCAUUCUCAACAAAGACCCACUAGCCUCGCUGUACAGUUACGAGCUACCCAAGAUGAAGCCACCACCACCGCCACCACCGCCGCCGCCGCCCAAAAUCAAGAUCGACCGCAGAGCAGCGCUCGCACGCAAGCGACAGGAGCGUAUGGACAAGGGGCCGGCUUUCCGGGCACCGCGAACGCGUCGCGCGGCCGCAGUGUACGCGCAAUUCGAGGAAGAGGUGGGAGAGCAGACCCCAGCUGUCGGCACUGCUGAAACAUCUGCUACUGUAACUAUAACCCAACCGGAGGCGGGCCCUUCGAGUCAGCCCGCACGGGCAGAGGGCAGCACCCCGUCAAAGAGCGGAAGAAAGCCCAAACGCAGUAUACAACCAGGUACACAAGUAGAGGCACCUCAGAUGGUGGAGGGUUUGGACUCGCGGCAAUCGUUCGCUAUGUUCGACAAAGGUUGGAUAUUGUCGCCAGACACACGGCGUGGCAACAGGCCACGUCAGCCACCGCCCCCGACUCCGACUCCGAAGAAGAAGGGCAAAACAAUCGUGGUUCGUGGCAAGUCACAUUUGUCCGCUUUCAGCACGACCGCUGCCGAAAACGAAACUCUGCUAGCGGCAGCUCCCGGCGCACAGACGCUGCCAGAGCAGGUGGAUACAUCUAUCGCGAAGCCGCAUGAGCAUGUUAUCGCCGAGGCGGGCACAUCCAGUGUGUCCGUCGAAGAGCCGCCUGAUAUUCACAUCGAAGACGUAUCCGCUGGCCCUGCACUCGAGACGUCUGACGAGCCGAUGGACAUCGACCAGCCAAGUGUAGAGCCGCCAGUUUCUGCUUCAGAUAUCAAAGAGGCACGGUUACCGGAAGAAGCGGAGUCACAGCAAGCAGAGACACAACCCGACGUGCAGACUGAGGUGCAACCCGAGGCACUCCCAGACAUGCAGACUGAAGUUCAACCCGAGGCGCUCCCAGAUGUGCCACCCGAGGCACUCCCAGAAGAUGUGCAACCGUUAGACAUGCAGGCAGAAACACAGUCAGAGGAGGCACAACCAGAAGCACAACCAGACGUACAAGCAGCUGCAGAUCCUGCGGCGCUGCCAGACGUACCGCCCGACGCGCCAAUGGACGUACAAGUAGAAUUGCAGCCAGAAGUAAAAGCAGAGAUACAGCCUGACGUACAGCCUGAAGCUCCCACCGAUAUGCAGCCGCAGGUAGAACGAGAGGUGUCCCCGCAAGCCCUGCCGGAAGCUCUGCCGCCGCCACAGCCGGAAGUCCAAUCGUCGGCCCAACCGGAAGCACAACCACAGAUGGCAGCACAGCCGCAACUGGACGCACCAGCGCAGCCCGAAAUGCAGCUCGACGUCACACUCCAGGUCGAGUCUGAGGCAUCCGUUGAACGUCCCGAACCUCAACCCACCGUCGUCGAUGUGCCGGACACGCCCGCGGUCCGCCGCGAGAGACUCGCGCGUCGCAGAUCGGACAAGCUGCGCCUGGGCUUGGAGCCCGCGCCACAGCCUGCCCCGGAUGCUAUUUCUCCUAUCGUGUCAACCCUGCCCGAUGGGCGCACAAUCCGGCGGGAAGGCGACAUCGUUGUCAUUGAGGAGCUGGACACGCCAGCCAUACGCCGACGGAAGCAUUUGCUGCGCAAGAUCGAGAGAGCGCGGUUGGAGGCUGAAGCAGCAGCAGCAGCUGCAGGGAUCGACCCGCACGCGCCAGCGCAGCCCGGCGCUGGUGAACAAUCAGUCGCUGGAGUUUUGCAGCCCAGCGAGCGUGCAAUCGUGAGCCAAUUUGCAGAGCUCGAGGACGUCGAUAUGGGCUCCGAGCUGUCGUCAUUGAGCGACUUGAGCGACGAGGAGAGGGAAGCCCAGGAACCCAUCACGCCACCGCCACCGCCACCACUACCACGGCCGAUUCAGCCCAUCCCGAGAAGACAGUCAACGGUUGUACCACUGGUAGGGAAAGGGCGGGAAGACGCAAUCCUCGAGCGCGGGCUCAUACAGCUCGAACCGGGUACAGUGCUGGAGGGGGGCACCCUCGUAUGGGCAAAGAUGGAUGCCUUUCCAUGGUGGCCUGCUGUGAUUUUCGAGUCGGACGAUCCUUAUGUCCCGCCUGAAGUCUUCCGAUUCCAUAAGGCACCACAGGGAGGCGAUUUGACGCACCUCGUGCGAUUCUUCGACAAGAGGAACUCAUGGCAAUGGGUCCCUCUUGAAAAACUGCGCAUGCUGGGCGAGGACAAUGAAUUCGAUGAGUUGAUGUUGACGCACUCCAAGCUGCAAAAAUUCAAGCAUAAGAAGGUCUGCCAGGAAUGUAGAGAUGCUUACAGGCGUGCGAUGGCUGAGAAGGAGACCGACGGCGAAGGCGACCACGCUCCCGAGUCGGAGGAUGAUACCAUGGCCAUUGUGAACGAACCCCCCGCUAUCACUGAACCCCCUGCAGAGGUGUCAACAUCUGUAAUGAUACAAGAUGACGGCCUUGGAGGAGAUAGCCCGAUGACGGAAGUCGAGUAG